CGGUGGUUCGCCUGCUUCCUUUCCUUUCUCUGCGGCGGCGCGUCGUCUUCAUACAGUCACCACCGGCGCCGCCACCGCGCCUACUCCUUGUGCGCCGGCACCGGGAGGUAGUCAACAAGGCUCGGCAGCGGUACCGUAAAGUAGCAUGGAACCUCUUCAUCUCGUGCACGUCAAGAUUCUGGCUGCGGACCUUCUGUCCCUAACCGUGCAGCAGACUUCGCUGCCUUCCUUUCUUCGCCGUGGUCGUACGGUUACUCGUGCAGAGCUUGUUGGAAUUGUGGUCUCGCGUGACCGCAGGGACAAGUUCCUCCGCUUCUUGAUUGAUGAUGGCACUGGCUGUGUACCGUGUGUCCUAUGGUUGAACCACCAAUAUUUAAAUGCGAAUGCUUCCUCCGAGCUGUCAGAUUCCGAUCCUACCGCGGAGAUGGCAUUGAAAAUGUCAGAGGAGGUGCUUCUAGGCACUCUUUUGAGGGUCCGAGGAAAGAUUGUCAUGUACCGAGGUGCAAUCCAGAUUGCUGUGAGAGAUGUAGUUCUGGAGAAGGACCCUAAUGUGGAGGUGUUACAUUGGUUACAAUGUGUCCGCUUGGCCAAGGAAUGCUAUGAUCUGCCACCACCUUCCGCUCAAGGAAAACAGUGGCUCCUGUUCUUAGGCUUGACUCCUUUUCUUCCAAGCCAUUAUUGCUGCAAUGGUAAUACAGGUCAAGCUGCACCUAAAAGAAUAUAACCAGAAACAUUAUGGCUUCUGAGGAGCUGAGCAUUGUUCAAGCCAAGUGUGCAGGAGCAUCUAGUGAUGUCAUCACCUAUGGACAGAAAGAAGGAUCAACCUGUUGUAAUGUGGAACAAGCCGAAAUACUGAUGCAUAUUUUUUUUCCCUUGAAUUGGCAGGCGAGCUGCCCAUCAUUAAAUUUAGGAGGAACAAAAACCAAAGUGCAAACAUGAAGAGACAUAUUAUGACUGAUUGGUGAGAGGCAAAACCUUUUGCAGCCUUUUCUUCUGAGGUUUAUAAUGUUGGCAGUAUUACAAUUAUUGGCAUUGGCUGCAUCGUUUAUUAAUUUUUGUGUCUACAUGUGGUCCUCAAGGGCCCAAAAACUUAAACAAAACCAAGUCAGAUGAUCUUGUAUCCCCUUUUAGACUUUUAUUUACUGUUUUAUAUUGGAAUUCACAUUCACUGAAUGAUAUUUGCAAUGUUUUGUACUCAUUUCUGGAGGCUACUGUAUUUAAAUGCUGUUUGUUCCAGUAAAAAAUAUAUUCUGAUACUAUUACAAUACCAAAAGUUUAUAAUUUUGCAAACUAACUAAAUGUUGCUGACAGAUUUCCUAUCGCAAUCACCUUUGGCUUUUCCCUUUUUUGGAUUGUUUGAAAAAAAAGAAGUGCUAUCUUUCCCAGUUUGGAAACCCCUUGGAUCAAACAAAGAAACUAAGGCAAUCCGUGCGUCCUCUUUGGACAUGUGUUUCUUUGAUAAGAAAAAUUGUUAUUUCCUGUUAGCUAUAUAUUGCUUCUCCUUAAAAUUAUGGACCUAUCUUUACUUAUGCAGUUUUCGAGGUGGAGUCUGCUUAAAUUUUAGAACCUCCUUGGAUUUUUCAUAAGUCAUGACUCGUAAUUUCGACAAGAGCUGCAAAAUUGCAUGACUGAUUUUAUCCUCAAAGUAUCUGUUGCUCAAUUUGAGUUUGGCAUUCAGCUCUUAUUUUUGUCACAGCUGCAAGAAGAAUCCUGCAUUGUUCAAAGUAUUUUCUAUCCUCUCAUGGGCAAUGAGUUGUUCUUCCUCUAAAGACUACUUUUAUCUCAGCUAUACCAUUGUCUAGGACAACAUUCUUUCUUUACUAAAAGGACAACAUUCUUGGGUAGCUAGAAGUUACAGUAUGUAGUCACAACUUUAAGAAAACUCGUAUUCUUUAGAGGUCAUUGGAUAACUUUUGAUUCAGAAUGGACCCAUUGGGUUUGGAAAGUUGGUGCCUUCUGAUGAUUCCCACUUGCCUUUUCUCCUCUUCUCUCCUCCUGCUUUAUCCAUAGAGAUCUAAAUCUUUUGCAUCAGAAUCUGCUGAGACACCCAGAGGGAGGCAUAUCAAAAGAGGAGCUCACUAGUACAAUCAUUGCUCGCAACAUUCUUCAGUCACUUGGUUGAUUCCCUGCAUAGGCACUUCCCUACGGACUUCCUUUUUAGCAUGCCAUAGAGACAGCCCAUGUUAUUGUGUUGCUAGUAAAUUGUCCAGUAUUCUAUAUUGUCCCUUUCUAACAUAUUAAUAUGCCACUCACAUGCAUUCGGAAAUGUUGAUGGGAGAUCGCCAGCUGAAACAUGUAAGUUGUGCCAUCAGGUACACUUAAAAAUGAAUAUUAGGAUAAUAUAAUAUUUUCGGUUCUCUAUAUUUAUGUUCACAUAUGUAUGCCUGGUCCAUGAUUUCCCUUGAGGGAAUGUGCAUGUAUAGUAUGCUUGAGAUGAAUGAUGUGCUUGGUGUACCAUAAACAAGGCCAUGUUUGUUUACAUUUUGUACGUAAUUUCAGGUGUGGAAAUAAGCUCCAAAGGGGGACACACUCUCAUUACAUAUGAAGAAAUUGCUAUUGUUACAUUGCACCUAGGGGACUAAUAAACUUCCUUGGAUCUUAUGAUCUUUAAUUGUUUAGUACUCGGAAAAGUGGGAUGCCUGAAAAUUAAAUCAGAGAGCUGUUCAGGCCUGCAAUAUGGAAUCCACAAUAUAUAACAGCUUGUAGCAGCCUUCAAAGACAUGGUAGUGUCUGCCUUCCAUUAGUCGGGCUACAGGUUCCCCUGAUGGAUAUUUUUCUCGGGGCUACUAGGUUUGUCUUUUAAAUCAACAUUCCUCACUAGAUCAAACCGAUAUAUAUGUGUGUGGUCCAAGUCUUCAAGAAGUGUUAUGGCCUUGUUUACUGGAUAAGUUGAUGUAUGGAGCCCCAGUAUUGUACUAAUAUAAGAUGAUAGUGCAUCUGCCUGUGCUCUCGUGCUGAGAUGAAUGAGGUGGCUGCAGUGUGGCAGCACUAUUGGUGAUUUGGUUCAUCUGCACAUAAGAUGAUGCCCUUUGUUUAUUAAUGCAGAAACAUCUAAAUCUAGUGCUCA